CGCUCUUAACCGCAAGGCCGCGCUGUAAACCGUUUCAGUUGAGUUCGAAACGCGCACGCGUGCAGACGAGAGAGCGAGACCUGGGCAAAGAAAGAAAGAAAGCAAGCAAGCGAUGAAAACAGGAAUCGGUAGCACCAGCAGCACCACCAUCAGCCGUUAAAGAAGCAGACGCCGAAUUAGAAAUGUUUACCAUUUAAGCGUCGCUUAAUAGAAAUACUCUCACGUACGAGCCGCUCUCUCAGUCUUACCCAGUCUCUCGCGAUCGUUCGCUCUUUCUCUCUGCUCUGCUCUGCUCUGCUCUGCGGCUGAGUUAAAGUGAAAGUUUUCCACACAAAAGUGGCGAAGGUCCGUUAUCUUGGCCGCUGCACGGCGACGGCCGCACUAACUCCCAAUCAGACACACGCGGAGCGUUCAGUUGACCGGACGCACACGGCUGGCCAUGGUCGAGAAACUGCUGUGAAAGAGAUACGACACUCCCCCCCAAAGAAGAGACUAUACCGUCGCGUUGUGUGUGUGCUUCAGCUCUGGGUUUUCGUUUCGGCUCGAGCAACUGUAAAUUCGCCAACGAAAGCUUUAUUUGUUCAAGCAAAGUGCGGUCAAAUCACAUAUUCGUAAAGUUCUCGAUUCUCGAAUCGCGAAUCGGUUCGGAAAAGCGCGUUCGUUGCCUAAGUCGUUUGGCUUGGCUUAGCGGUUCAUUGAGGGCGCGCUGUUACGACACGACACCCUUGUGUGUGUGCGUGUGUGUGUUUUUCGCACUCCCAUUUCGAAAUUAGAGUCCGAAUCCGAGCGAAUACUAUAAUAAGAAUAAGCCAGAAACGGUCUGGGCUAGAACUCCCCGCCAGUGUCCAGCCAGCGAGCCAGCAACCAGUGAGCCACCAACAAACAUGUUUAAGUGGGUUACGCCGGCCUCAGCGGCGACAUUGUCCCGCACAACAACAGCAGCAGCGUCAACCAGAACAGCGUCAACCGCAACUACAAGAACAACAAGACCACAACUACUUUCCAUCGCUUUAACAAGUUUAAUAAUAAUAGUCGCAUCAUCUGUGCCGACAACAAGUGGAUUUAGAUCAAUUGAAACGAAUGGCGGCGCUGGACGCAAACUGUUUGGCGGCUACCGCAUCACCCCCAAGCACUGCCGGGCCACGAAGACGCUGCCCAGCUCCGAUCCCCGCGCGAAUGGCCCCACAAUCUGCAUGUUCAAUCACGAGUGCGCCCAACGGGGCGGCGAGGUGGUGGGUGCCUGCAUGGAUGGCUUCCUGUUCGGGGCCUGCUGCCAGAUCCCACCCACUCACGAGCUGGCCAGCACUCUGAUCAAUGAGGCCCAGAACGCCUACUUCCAGCAGCACCAACAGCAGCAGCAGCACCAGCACCAGAAGUUGCAGCAGGCGGCGGAGUCCUCCUACGAGCAGCACCAGCAGACGCUGAACAGCGCUGAGCAGACGGCGCCGCAGCCCUCUCAGAAUAUCUACGAUCAACAGAACCUGAACAAGGUCUACCAGCAGUUGAGCAGCAGCAGCGCCAGUCCCAGCAGCAGCCCUCCCAGCAACAACUACAGCGUGGAGCAGGAGCCGGAGCCACAGCCCCAGCCCCAGCCCCAGCCCCAGCCCCAGCCAGAGCCAGAGCAUCCCAAGAACGAGCUUGUGUAUGGCAGCAGCACCUCCACAGAGGUAUCCACACAGUCGCAGUCAUCGUCAUCGUCUAGCAUUGAGUUCGAGCAGGAGCCACCUGCUCAGCAGUCGGCCAACGAGGUGAUCAUUCAAACUGAUCUCAAUGUGCAGAAGGUUCAGCAACAAAACCAACAGCAGCAGACCAUUCUGCCACCCACUGUCCAUGUGCACAAGAACUCGGUGACCAUCAACUCGCCCUCGUCGCCGCCGCAAAACGAUGACUUUGUGAUGCAGGUACUCAGCACCUUGCCCCCGGAGCAUGCCGACGAUCAUCGCAUCUUCUUCACCACUGAAGUGCCCAUGAAGAUAGCCAGCGGCUUGCAGGAGCAGACCAGCUCCGAGUCCAGCUCCUUCGAGGAGGCCCCGGCCACUACGCCAGCCACAAAAAAACCCACAGAGAAGCCAAAGUCAAAGCCCAAGCCGAAGCCCGUGCCUCAGUUGGCGGAGACCAUGAAGCGACCCAUCCAACAACAGCAGCAGCAGACAGCGAAACCUCAACCUCAGCCGAAGCCUACGAAUGUCCACCAUCACAAUCAUCUGAUACUGGACGGAGGAGAGUUCACCCACAGCGACAUCACCCAUCCGGGAGCCGAUGCCGAUCUCGUCGAGGAUCUGCAGUUCUCCACCGGCUACGGACCUCAGCCUGUAUACGCGGAUCCGCCACAGCAGGUGCAACAGCAGCAGCCGGCAGAACAGAGCUACAUCUCCAAGCGGCCAGCAGCAGGCACCACAGUUUCCUCGAUCACCACCCACGUGGACUCCAUCGAGUCGAUCAUCCUGCAACUGAACAACACCAGCCAUGGACCCAGCUACAAUGUCGUCAGCCAGCAGACGCCCUCGUAUGGCUAUGGAGGCCAGGCUGCGGCUCAAAGCGAGGCUCCAGCAGAGGCGAUUACUGCCCAACCACCGCCUCCCAGCUACUACCAGGAGAGCGCAGCCAGUGAUGCGGAGAAGGUCCAGGACUACGGCUACACGACCACAAUCAACUACGAUGCCAUCUACGACAAGGUGUCCGAGGAGCAGGAUGCCUCCGCAGCCGCCAGCCAGUCGGCUGAGUCGCAAACAGCGCGUCCCGGCUACGGGGAGGACACCUCCGCCGUGUUCGAGGAUCACACCAUGCCCGCCAAUGGCUACCACGAUGCCUUGGCUGAGGCUGCUCCCCAGACCUCAGAGUUCAACAAAAUGCCCGUGCCGGUCAUGGGCGUUGCCUAUCCCGUGGACAUGUCCUACAUGGAGGAGGAGGAGAACGAGGCAGCGGCAGCAGGCGGCUACGGCCAGUUGAGCAGCGGCUCCUACGAGGCGAACACUGAGUCCAACUACCAGAAACUGUCCACUGUCCAAACGGAGCAGCCCCAGCCCAUCCCCACCUACGUGCGCCCCACGACCAAUGCCAACAAGCCCAAUCGUCCCGUUGCCUCGUACAUCGGCAUGGUGACGAUGCAGAACUACAACCAGCAGCAGCAGCAGCAGCACCAUCACCAACAGCCAUCGGGAGCCGACCAAUACCAAUCCCAGCUGCCCGCGGAGGUGUCUGUGUCCUCGCACACCACAAAAGUGCAGGAGCAGUACGACGAGACCUCGCACGGCUAUCAGCCGCAGACGACCACGCCUGGUUAUGCCUCCACCACCCAACUGGCAGCCCAGCUGGCCUCCCUGCCGCAGCGUCCGCAGUACGACAGUGUCCAGGAAGAUACUGCAUCCUCGGAGCGUCCCGUGCUGAUCACGGCCAGUCCCAGACCCCGGCCCAAGCCUAGCACAAAGCGGCCGGGCGUGAAGCGACCCAUCAGCCAGGAGAACACCAAAAAGAAGCCACAUCCCCAGGGCAGCAGCAGCUACGAUUCCGGGGAAUCACCCAUCACGCACAUCCAGAUCAAGAAGCCCUCGUCCAGCUACAACAAGGAUCAGGAGCCGCAACAGUCUGGCUAUCCCAGACCAGCAGUCGGAGCGGUCUACGAUCAGACCACCGCCUCGACGACAGUGACCAGCUACGAUGAGCCGGCACGUCCGGGCAUCAGCUAUGAUCAGCCAGAUCCACCCUCGGCUCCAGCCUCCGCCUCCGGCUACGAUCAGCCAGAGGCUCCAACCUCCAGCUACGGGCAGGGCCAACCAGCGGCUCCACUCGCACAAUAUGAUCAACCAGCGCCACAGCCUCAGCCGGAGCUGCAGCCAUCCCUGAGCUACAAUGAGCAGUCGGUGGCCAGUUCUCCGGGUCGCCAGCCCUCCACAUCGAAGCCGAUUGCCACCAGCUAUGUGACCGGACCCAGCACUCCCCGUCCGCCUGCCACCGUGGACUACCACUACGACAACGUUCCGCCGCUGUUCAUGGCCGACGACAAGUUGGACGCGUUCAUCCAGAGCACGGCGGAGAAUAUUGUGGGCUCCACACCGGGCAACUAUCAGCCGCCGCUAGUGGCAACUGCAUCGACGCCAGCCUACGCACACCGACCCACAAGCAGCAGUGGCACCUACGGAGGCCACAAGAAGCCUGGUUUCGUCCAGAUCAAUGGAUCUCCGAGACCGCCACGUCCGACGGUGCUGAUCACGCCCAAGCCCACGGCUAUCAACAACCUGGCCUCCACCACGGGGGGUUCGUUUGUGUACAACCAGAUAGUGACCCGACGCCCAGGCGGUGCACCGGUUAGCUCCAACGACUUCGAGGAUCCUGGCUACUUUGGCGGCAGUCCCGCGCACGUGUCCUUCACGCAGUCCUCAACGGAAUCGUCCUACGCCGUGCCCUCCGACGACAAGCCCGCUUUCCCCGGAUACUUUGGGCCAACGCCUUCGUAUCCGGCCUUCUCGGUGCCCGGAGAGAAGGUGGGCCAGAAUGUGAUGGAGGAGACCUACACCUCGCCGAACGACUUUGUCAACUUCCCGCCGGUGCGCAAUCCGAAUCUGAACAUGUCCGCCGCCUCCAGCGCCGUGACCAGUGACCUGGAUCUCUCCACGCCCGCCUUCGUCGAGGAUGUGGUGCUGAAGGACAAGAUGCACACGCUGGUCCACAAGCUGGUGGCCUCGCUCCAGGGCAACUUCGAGGCUCUGGCCGACAUGAUUGACGAGCCCACGGGCAACAACUCCGCCGCCACGUAUCAGGCGGGAGCUGGCGCUGGCGGAGCAACCACAGCCACCCGCAAGCCCACGCGAAAGCCCGUAAGAGUGGCCUCCACAGCCAAGCCCAAGGCCACCACCAAGAAGCCCGUGACUCGAGUCUCCACCAAAGCCCCUAACAAGAAGGCAUCGGCUAGCAGCACCACCCGCAAGCCAGGCGGCACUCGGCGCACCACCCUGGCCCCCAAGACGACCGUCAGCACCCGGAAACCGGGAGCCUCGAAGAAGCCCACACGACGCGUGAGCAGCACCGUGAAGACGACGACCGUGAGCUCGGCCCGGCCCGCCGACGAUGAGAUCGUGGACGAGGAGGACGAGGAGGAUGUCAAUCCGAAUCCCAGCGACAACGAAAUCGAUCAGGGAUCGACGCUCAGCUCCUACGGCGGAACGAAUGGCCGCAAGAUCCAAUGCGGCGUCCGACCCCACGUCAAGUCCGGCCGCAUUGUGGGCGGCAAGGGCUCAUCCUUUGGCGCCUUCCCCUGGCAGGUGCUGGUCCGCGAGUCCACCUGGCUGGGCCUGUUCACAAAGAACAAGUGCGGCGGUGUCCUGAUCAACAGUCGCUAUGUCGUCACCGCUGCCCAUUGUCAGCCUGGCUUUCUGGCCUCUUUGGUGGCCGUCAUGGGCGAGUUCGAUAUCUCCGGCGAUUUGGAGAGCAAACGUUCUGUUACCAAGAACGUGAAGCGCGUCAUCGUCCACCGUCAAUACGAUCCGGCCACGUUCGAGAACGAUUUGGCUCUCCUGGAGAUGGACAGUCCUGUGCAGUUCGAUACCCAUAUAGUUCCCAUUUGCAUGCCCAAUGAUGCGGCGGACUUCACUGGACGCAUGGCCACCGUGACCGGCUGGGGGCGUCUCAAGUAUGGCGGCGGUGUGCCCUCCGUCCUGCAGGAAGUGCAGGUGCCGGUUAUCGAGAAUAGCGUGUGCCAGGAGAUGUUCCACACCGCUGGCCACAACAAGAAGAUUCUCAACUCGUUCCUGUGCGCUGGCUAUGCCAACGGCCAGAAGGACUCGUGCGAGGGUGACAGUGGCGGUCCGUUGGUGUUGCAGCGUCCCGACGGGCGCUACGAGCUGGCCGGAACCGUUUCGCAUGGCAUCAAGUGUGCGGCGCCAUACCUGCCCGGUGUCUACAUGCGCACCACCUUCUACAAGCCCUGGUUGCGCAGCAUAACAGGAGUCAAAUAAGGUGUUGCCAGGGGAGCAGCAGUAGCAGCAGCAGCAGCAGCAACAUUAAGGGGCAGCAUCAGCAAGUGUAAAUAGAAAGUAGAGUUUAAAGAGUUGCGGAUAAUGGCGUGACCCAGACUGUUAAGCAUCCACGUCGCAUUUCCCAUUCUCACCUCCUUCUCCGUGUCCCUCCAAGCCCCCCCAGCCCAAGCAUCUAUCCUCAUUCCAUUAGUUUAACGAAAGCGAAACGUUUAACGAAAUACUCGACAGAUAUGUAUGUAGAUUCAAAGAUUCAGAUACUUUGAGGAGCGUGUUGCCGGCUCUGUGCCUGUUCGAAUACGCGUGCCUAACACUUGUAGAGUCUGAAUGAGAAUUACUCGUAUAUUUUAGUAGUUGCACGCUAAGAAGUACGCUAAGAAAUAUUUAUUCUAGUUCUAAGCCUAUUUAUUUAUUUAUUUGUAAACCUAUUAUCGCUGCAGUUUGAUUCAACUAAAAAAAAUUGUUAAUUUUCAUAGGCAAAUUGUUGUUAUGUUCCAGCGAAAGCGAAAACGAAAGCGAAGAGAGAGCGAAAGAGCAAAUGUUUUUAGUUCAAUUGAAUUUACUAAUUUAUCUAAUUAUACGAUUAACAUUUUAUUUUUUUACGUUUUAUGUUAAUUGUUAAGCGAACGAACAAAGCGAUGCGAAAAGAACACCCACAAAACCCAAUAAACAACAAAUAAUUAUUAGUAGAAA